AUGUUCGUCCGUUCCAUCCUUUUGGGUGGCGCGGCUGCCCUGGGCGCCAGUGCGAUACUGGUCGUCCCUGAGAUGGAGCCCCAGGUGGAAGCCGUUGAAGAUGGCUUCAUGAACGUGCACCCCAUGCUCUUGGAGGAUAUCCGCCACGCAGUUAUCGAUCUUCCUUGCGCAGAGUGUCCCUUCCGCGAAGUCGAUGAGGAAGGUACCGUCAGCUGGACUGAUGACAAGCCAUCAUCGCUGAUGCUCGAUUUCUCCAUCGAGGACAACCGCCUGCUGGCCAACGGCCGUCAGAUUUUCCCUCCCGUCCCCCCGACCCCCAUCCGCGCCGUUCAGCAGUUGGAAGACGGCGAGUCUUCAAGCCCCAUGCCCGUCGGUUACGCUCUGGAGGUGAUGCCGCUGGGAUCCCCAUCCGAUACUCCUGGCACCGAUCUUCUCGAUGUCCGCUUCACUGUUCUCGAUCUGGAAACCCACCCUGUCCCUGUCGAUACUGUCGCCAUCACAUUAAUUCAGGACCCCACCGGUGAGCUGUAUAUCGCCAAGACGGAAAUUGAGAAGACCGCUCCUCCCGCCGAUCAGCUGUCAUGGAAGAAGUGUAACGGUAAGGCCAAGUGCCUCCGGGAGCUUCUGCUCGCCCGCAUCCGUGGGCUGCUCGCUGCUGCCAAGGAACGAGUGCUUGGCAUGACUGGCAAGGGCUUCCGGAAACCCUGCCAUGGCAAGCCUCCCAAGGGUAUGGGUAUCGAUGGUCCCCACGGUCCUCACAAGCACUUCGACGAGUUUGGUCUCGACGGCAUGCCUUUCCCCCUCCUCCGCCACACCCCGACUUCGACGGCCCCGAGGGAGUUCCACCACCAUCACGGCCACUUCGAUGCCGAGAAAGGCGAGGGCCAUCGCGACCACCACGGCCCUCAUGGCCACCACCCGCCGGGUCCUCCCCCGCAUGGCGCUUUCGCCCACACCUUUUCUCGCGUCGUGCGCUUUAUCGUUGUGCCUGCCAUUUUGGGUGUCCUGGCCGGUCUGACUGCUAGCGCCGUCGGUAUGCUGGUUGGUCAGGCUAUCGUGUUCCUCUGGCGACGAUACCGCGGUACCAACUCCCAGGAGCACAAGGCUGCUUGGGAGGAGGGUGACGCCUGUGAGAAGCAAGGUCUGAUGACCGAGCACGCUGAGGAUGUUCUGCCCCAGUAUGGCGAACACAAUGCUGUACGCCGAUCAUCCAUGGACAAGAACUAG